UUUCCUCUACCAAAUAGGUGGAAUCAGACUACAUUACGUUCAGUGAGUGCGCGCGGAAAAGGCUUUAUUUACAAGGUCUGACAACCAUGUGACCGCUCUUCCCUCUGCACUUUACCUAAGCGUAACGACCUGCAAAGAGUAAUUAUAUCCGCUGUACAUUUUACGUAAGGGGUUUUGUGAAUGUCCAAUCCCGCAUCUCCGUUGGCCUUUUGUGCGUGUCUGCGGAUUUAAUUUUUUGGUACCGAGCGAAGAGGAGAUGCACACGGCACUCGAGUGAGGUGGCGAGAAUUGAGGAAACUAUGAAGGUACACAUGCACACCAAGUUCUGUUUCCUGUGUGUGGUGACAUUCCUGUUUCAUCAGUGCAGCCACUGCCACAAGGAUGGCCACCACCACCAUGGGGAGGGGGGCCAUGUCCACGAUCACAAUGACUACCAGAUCUCCCAGGAGCCUUACAUGCGGAACAGUGUGGACAUCGAGCCUCCUCCUGACCACGACUCGCCAUCUGGCAAAGAGGCUGAGAGCGAGCAGAAGUUUUAUGUAGAGCAGCUGUUCCGGCGCUAUGGGGACAGAGGGAAACUAGACUUUGGAGGCUUUAAGAAGUUGCUGUCCAGCCUGGGGCUUGGGGAAGUGCAUGUGGUAGAGAUGGACCAUGAGGACUUGGGACACGAUCACGUGGCUCAUUUGGACGCGCUGGAGGUACAAGAAGGGCUGCAUUCCCACACGCACCACCACCCCCCUACUCCACUCUCCCAUUCUCACACGCACUCCAACCAGGAGGAGAACAAGACUAGUGUUAGGGAUGCCCAUUCUGCCCGCUGCAACCAGUCCCAGCAAAGGACAGCAGGACCUACUCCCACCGGGCAUUCCCAUGAGGACCACAACCACCUGCACAAACUCCACCCACAUUACCACAACCAUACUGAUUCUCCCGUACACCACCAUCACUCCCAUCAUAAUCACCAUCACGUGAACCACAGUGUUUCUGGAAGCAGCGUGACCACAGAGGCUUCACAGACCUUGAACUCUACCCACGAGCAGCAGCAACAUCAGUCUACAGAAACCGUGACCAGGAAGCACAGGAAGAAAAAGAAAGGCACCCGUAACAAAGAUGCAGCUCCCCAGGCCGUGGCUGCCUACGAGGGUGAUCACCACAGCAAUGAAAGCCAGAACCCUCACUUGCACACAGGGGAUGCACAUACGAACACUGACAAUGAUGAGCAUGCCAGUGGCCAUAAACACAGCCAUGACUCUGAGGACGAGCACGCACAUGUACGCAAGCGAGAGGCACACAACAAUCACAAAGCUGCUGCCAAACACACUGUGCCAUUCUCUCUGGGUGAUCAUCUAGCGGGCGAAGCACACCUGCACGAUGAGUGUCUGAACGUCACACAGCUGCUGGAGUACUAUGGUUUUAGCCCAAGCUCCCUGAUCUCCCAAGAGCAGUUCACCUACCUCUGCCCUGCUCUGCUCUACCAGAUCGACAGCAGGGCCUGCAUCCGACACAGUGACGAACUGGCCAUCGACCACAAGUCUCUGAACGAGUCAGCUCUGUCAGCCUGGGUCUGGGGACUCCUCUCCAUCACCAUCAUCAGUCUGCUGUCCCUGCUUGGAGUGAUACUGGUUCCCAUCAGUAACCAGUCUUGCUUCAAGUUUCUUCUCACAUUCCUGGUGGCUCUGGCAGUGGGGACACUGAGUGGAGACGCACUGCUCCAUCUACUGCCCCAUUCACAAGGCGGACAUGAUCACAGUCAUGAAGGCGGGAAGGGGAAGGGGGAGCAUGAGCAGGAGGACUCUGACUACCUGACCCAGUACAAUGCUGUGUGGAAGGGUCUGACUGCCCUGGGGGGCAUCUACCUCCUCUUCAUCAUUGAGCACUGCAUAGGAAUGUUCAAGCACUACAAGGACAAAGGGGGGAACAGAUCUUGGUGCUGGAAGAAAAAGAAUGGGGAUGAAACAACAAUCGGAAGGAAGCUGUCUGAUCAUAAACUGAAUCGCCGGUCAGAUGCAGAGUGGCUUCACCUGAAACCACUGACAGGGCCAGAUGAUUCUGCACUGUCCGACAAUAAGCACAGUAACACUCAGCUGACAGAGCUCCAGGGCCCCCCAGAAUCCCCCAACAAGAGACCCCUGCCCACAGAAGAGGAGGCUAUCAUGCUCCCCCAACACGAAGAGCACAAACACCAUCACCAGGAGGCAGACUUCUCUGCAGCAGCGGGGAACGGGAGGAAAGUGAAAACGAAGAAGCACCACCGCUCGCAUGGACACGGGCAUUCCCAUGGGAACUGCCACUCUGACCAGGAGAUGAAGGAUGCUGGGAUAGCUAGCAUUGCCUGGAUGGUGAUCAUGGGGGAUGGCAUGCACAAUUUCAGUGACGGUCUGGCUAUAGGUGCUGCAUUCAGUGCAGGGUUGACGGGGGGCAUCAGUACCUCCAUUGCUGUAUUUUGCCAUGAGCUCCCUCAUGAGCUUGGUGAUUUUGCAGUGCUGCUGAAGGCUGGCAUGUCAGUGAAGCAGGCCAUCGUUUACAACCUGCUGUCUGCCCUCAUGGCGUACGUGGGCAUGGUGAUCGGCACGGCUGUGGGCCAGUACACCAACAACCUGACCCCCUGGAUCUUUGCAGUCACUGCCGGCAUGUUCCUCUAUGUGGCGCUGGUGGAUAUGCUGCCAGAGAUGCUUCACGGGAACAGUGAGGAGCUCCAAGAGUGCCCGCUGGGCUACUUCCUCCUGCAGAACCUGGGCAUGCUGGUGGGGUUCGGCAUCAUGCUGCUCAUCGCCAUCUUUGAGGACAAGAUAGUCCUGGACAUCCAGUUCUAGCCAGUCAAUUCCCCAGAGAGAGAGAGAGAGAGAGAGAGAGCAGUGUCGUAGUACUUUGCUUCACCUUAAUGCUUGUGUCGCAGUCCAUUCGUGCAUGAACUUGGCAGUGGCAAUCAUUUGCAUUUCAAUGUGAAAAAGCAGUGGCGUACGGUUUCAUUAUCAUCAUGGUGUUUUUUUUUUUUAUUGACCCAACCCUACCUGGGUUAUCUUAGUGUAGACAUGAUUCUGGAAGGCCACAGGGGUGCUAUAAACUUUUUUUUAAGUUUUCAAAAGUCACCAAGCUGUGGUGACCUGAUACAGAAAAUGAUAGUUAAUAUAAGUCUUAUGCUUCACACCCAUACCCAGUUGCUCUUUAAUGUUGAGGCAUGUAAGUCAGCAGCUUGCACUGGUUUUACUAACGGACGUUGGUACCUUUACCUUCCCUGAGCAGCUCGAUUUCCCCCUAACAAGUAUCAUCAAAUCUGGAAACAGUUUACUGUCUGAUUUUUAGCAAGCUUUUUCUGCAAAGCUUGAACAUUUUCGGAGCACAUUUUUACAGUUCAACACACAGGUAUCGCUUUAUUUUCAGCCUGUGAUUGCCUGUUAAGAGUCACAGAAACCUUGGCCUUAACCUCCAAUGACUUCAACCCCUUUAACACAGCACACAGAGCUACUGUUCAGGUAUUGCCGACAACACAGAAUUUCGUUGCCUGUAUUGUAUAAACUGAACAUUAUCGUGUCCGUUUAGACUUUGGCGGACAAUUCAGAUUUUACUUCAAUCCCUUGGAAUUUAUUACAUUUACAACAUUCGGCAUUCUUGUGGCACAAUGUGUGUUUAAUGUAAAAUACUGAACCAAAAUUCACUACUGUACAAAUUACAGGUUAUGUUAUAAUAUUGAGCUUUUUAGACAAGCCCUAGUCUAGUGCAGAGAUCAAUCUGUCUACAUCAGUGUUUCUCCCCUUUCCCAUAACAGUAGGACCACAUUAAUGAACACUUGUACAUGAUAAUUUUUAGGCUAGUUCUGUAUAUGUUGUUGAAUCAUUGUUUACAGCUUUGAACAGUUCUGGAAUCACUGCCCAAUUGCCUUGACUCUGGCACUCAAUGGGACAGAAAUAUUGUGCAAUGGGAGGAGCUUCCUGGGUGUUCAAGUCCUCACUGACCGCUGUGUUAUAGUCCGGUCAUUGGUUGCUUGUGCAUUGUGGUAUAUAUCCCAUUUGGGAACUGUGUGAAACAUUUGCAGUGUUAAUACAGAAGUGACAUUCUCAUCGCUAGUUUUAAGUGACCAGUUGACCCUGAACUGAUGUUCUUUGCUGUAAUCUUCAGGAAUCUGACUUUUUGAUUGGUGCUUUUUUUCUGUUACAGUAUAAUUCCUAAUAUUUUAGUGCUUUUGCUGACUUUAAGGCUUCAUUAAUGAAAAAUUGUAUUAGUGGAAAAAGCACCCAAAUCGGUGAGUAAUAUAAACUUUGAUCAACAGAAUGCUAUUCCUUAAAAAGCUCUCCACAUGCAUGUCUGCAGAUAAUGGGCUUGUGUCUGCACUGCAGCUUAUAAAAUAAAGCUACAUUAGAUAGCAAGUCAGACUCUUAUGAACAGUAACCUCCCAGAAUUACAAGAACACGACACAUCAGGCAGCAUUUUCUAAAGAACUAAAAAAUAUAACAUUGUAUACCUUUUAUGGUUAAAAUAGUUUUUGUCUUUUAAACACACUGCAGUAGCUUUUAGUCUUAAAACAUACAGUAGGUAAUUCCAGUUUUUUUUAGGUUUUUGUUUUUUCUGUAAUAGCAACUGUUUUUAAUGCAUGCACUCACCAUUGGUCAGUUCAAUUUUCUAGCACUUUUUUAAAAUACUGUAAUAGUUUAUUGAUUUUUGUUUUUUGUUUUUGUUGUAGUUUUGCUGUAAUUCACAGCAAAACCACGGUUAUGGAGAUGACUACAUUACAAUACAGUUCCAUGCUAGCACUCGGCUCAAUGAUCAUCCUCCACUUUGAAAAAAAUGGAAUCAUCAAGAAAAAUACAUUUUUGGUGGUCUAUUACUAUAGAAUGAAUUAUGCAACUCAUUGUCGUUUAUACUGAUGUUCUACAAAAUGCUACUGUUAUGUAUAUAGAUCGCCAUGGUGCCAAAUGUCAGACGCCAUGUUCAGAAUGAAGCUGUAGUGUGUCAGGCAGUGGCCACGGUAGAAAUCUCUAGAUACGCAAGUUCUCGUUCCCUCCUGUCAUUCCAUUCCAGUCUGUGAUACCUUACUACCAAACCAUUGUCUUGUGUCCAGAAUGGCUCGUGUCUGUGUUCGCUGGAGUACACGAUUGUUCAUCUGUGCGGUUUAUCCUGUCACUGCGUGACAUCCGUGUUCUUGUUUAUUGGGUGUAAACCAUUGAAAUCGCAUUAAAGUAAUGUAAUUGAAUGGAUA